CGACGUCGUUUUUUCCUCAUCCACAGCCUUUUAAACGCCAAAAUCUUCAAGCUCCCAUCUCUUACAAUCAACUCUCUCUCUCUCUCUCUCUCUCUCUGUGUGUGUGAAAAUUCUCUCUGAGAUAUCUCUCUCUCUCUGCAACAGGAGAAGAAGGGGAAACUUUGAUUUCUUUCUCUUCUUCUUCUUUCUUUACAAAGCCCACUUUUUUGUUCACAAAAUAUCAGCUUUUUUACAAAUAUUCUUGUUGGGGUUUCUUGAAAGUUGAAACUCUGUCUCUGUCUCUCUCUGUGUGUUGAAACCCAGAAAGGAAUAGCAAAAAAGAAGGGUCGUUUAUUUUUUAAAAACUAUGGCGACCAUUACUGGGUACACUGAAACUGCUCAAGGCUACCAAGACAAUACAAAUGUGGCUGUGGCCGCAGUGCCGAAGCACCCAAACCCUCCUGCUAAGACCGUUGAUACUCAGUCUGUUCUCAAAAGGUUGCAAUCUGAGUUGAUGGCCUUAAUGAUGAGUGGAGAAUCUGGGAUAUCUGCCUUCCCUGAGGAAGACAAUAUAUUCUGCUGGAAAGGGACAAUUGCUGGAAGCAAAGAUACUGUGUUUGAAGGAACAGAAUACAAGAUGUCUCUUUCAUUUCCGAAUGACUACCCAUUUAAGCCCCCGAAGGUCAAGUUUGAAACCGGCUGCUUCCAUCCCAAUGUGGAUGUGUAUGGAAAUAUUUGCUUGGACAUUCUUCAGGAUAAAUGGUCAUCAGCAUAUGAUGUGAGAACCAUACUGCUGUCUAUCCAAAGUCUGCUUGGAGAACCAAACAUAAGCUCACCUCUAAACACACAAGCGGCACAGCUCUGGAGCAAUCAAGAAGAAUAUAGGAAGAUGGUGGAGAAGUUGUACAAGCCUCCAAUUGCUGCUUAGUUUCAUCAUACCUUAAAAGAGUUUCCGAGAUGGAGAAUUUAUACAAGCCUUUGUCUUUCUUUUUGGAGAAGAGACAGAGACUGAAUUGAGCUUUCUUUUUCUUUUUGGUUCCCUUUUCUUUUGGUCCUGUGUGUUACUUUCUUCUUUACUUUGAUGAAUGAAUAUUAAUAGACAAUUGUUGUUUU